UCAUCAUUUAUGCAAUCGCGGAAACCGUGAUCUCGCUCUCGUACCGCUCUCUCUUUAUCUCUCACCCACACAACUGAGAAUUGGGCAAAGGUUCCAAACUACAGUGCGACGAGUCUGAAGUGGCUAAAGCUCUGAAACGACAUGGAAAAGGAAGCGAAAAAGGAAGCUUUUAGAAAGUACCUUGAAUCCAGUGGAGUUCUUGAUGCUCUAACAAAAGUUCUUGUUGCACUGUAUGAGCAGAAUGACAAACCUUCCUCAGCCACUGAGUUCAUCCAGCAAAAACUAGGAGGUCCAACCCUUUCAGAAUAUGAAAAGCUGCAAACUGAAUUCUCUGAUCUACAAACACGAUAUAAUGAGCUUUUGGCUGCACAUCAAGAAAAGUCCCGAGAGUGUGAGGAACUCAAAAACACCCACAACCAAGCGUCAAUGAACGAGAGCGCGGAGGAUGCCCAAAGUGCUAAACCAAAUUAAUUCAUGCUACCAUAGAAAACCUAGCAGCUAUUUUUGAUGUGUUUGCUGUGUUGUGAUGAAAAUGUGUCCCCAACUCAUGGCCUUUUUAACAUGAUAGUCUAUAUAUAUUGAUCAAAUUUCCAUGUGAGCUAGAGUUGGAAUGAGGAGAAUUUUAGCAGUGCUGUAUGUAUUCCAUAAUCUAGCAUCAAAGGGAACUCCAUUGCAAUAACAUGUGCCAUGUUGGUGUUGGUAUUAUUUUA